CUGAUAGCGCGUGCUCUGUCUUAUUUUCUUACAACGCCUCGUUAUUUUUCCUUUUCUUAAACCCUCGCAGAUGACGGAGCUUGGUUUUUCAGUUUACACCCGCCAAUCCAUUCUAGGUUUUCAAAACCCAUAAUUUCACCUCAAGAGUUAACAAUUUCUUUCUACAUUACACUAAAUUAAGAAGAAUCAGAAUCAGCCAUUACUCAAACUACUGAAAAUCGAAAAUCAAAUUUGUGUAAUAGAAGAUAUGAUCAGUAAUUUAUUCCUCCUCUUAAUGCCAUCUUCAUCAGCUUAAGUCAUCAGUUUAUCAUCUUCUUCCGUUUAGAACCACCAUGGAUAUCACUGCUACUCAGACGAUGAAUGGAGUAAAAAUGUCAGCUCAGAAUUCUGGUCGAGAUAUUCAACUGGUUCUUGAAUCCUUGAAGAAACAAGUUGCUAUCGAUCGAUGUGUUUUCGUCAAGAAAAAGAUGGAAGAGAAUAGGCAGAAAUUGAUUGGUAUUACGAAACAUGUGCACAGUGCUACAAAGAUGAGAAUGAGUAAUACAAUUUGUGAAGGUGCAGAUAGUUGUGUAUAUUUACUGACUAAGAGGCAGCAAGAUGCACUUUGUACAUUAAAUGGUGCUAAGGAGGACCAUGAGGAAAGUAAUGCACGCUCAAUUGUUCCUAUAGGGAACAGUUCUGGAGUGAAGAAUUUGGCUCAACCUGUUACGCUUGCCAAAGUUUCAAAAAUUCCUCCAUAUACUACUUGGGUAUUUUUGAAAAGAAAUCAAAGGAUGGCUGAGGAUCAGUCCGUGGUUGGCCGAAGGAGAAUCUAUUAUGAUCAAAUUGGUGGAGAAGCUCUUAUUGCAAGCGACAGUGAAGAAGAAGAGGUUGGUGAUGAGGAAGACCAGAAAGAAUUCAGCAAUGCUGAAGAUUUUAUUCUCAGGAACGCCAUUCAACAAGUUGGUUUAUCCGUUGAUGUUCUGAAUUCGCUUGCUAAAUGCUUUUCUAGAAGACCCUCUGACAUUAAGGCACGAUAUGACAUCUUGAACGGAGAAAACCCUGCAGAUUCAUCUAUGAAGGCAGAUCUCAAAGAUGAAUCUAAAAUUGAGGAUAUAUUUUGUGAUAAAGAUUUAGAUUCAGCUCUGGAUUCUUUUGACAACCUUUUCUGCCGCAGAUGCCUGGUGUUUGACUGUAGAUUACAUGGAUGUUCCCAAGAUCUUGUUUUUCCUGCUGAGAAACUACCAUCCUGGGCUCCUCCAGAUUCUGAAACAGUACCAUGUGGAAGCUGUUGUUAUCAAAUGACUUUGAAUUCAGAAAGUGUUGCUUCUGGUAGUUGUUCUGUGCCUGGUGGUUUUGAAGAUAAAGCAAUUGCUUCAUCUGGCAGUGGGGGUCAUCAGACUUCACGGGGAAAGAAAGCUGUUGCAUUGUCUAGUGUUAAGAGAACAAAGUCAAACCAGAGUGAUCGUACUUCUUCUAAUGCAAGGAGUGAAUUGGCUAUACGACCUCAGGAGGAGAAAAUUUCCACCCAACAGUCCUCACCACAUAACAAGCGAGUUGCUGGGCAUAUUCUUAGUUGCACACGAAAGAGACUGAAAAUACUGUCAGCAUCUGAUUCUGACUCAGUUGUGGAUGGAUCUCCUUGGAUCAAGGAUAGGAAGCUAAGGUCAAGUUCUCGCAAGGAUAAUGAGGACCAGAAUGAAACACUGCCGUUUGAAGUCCAGCACGAACCAUGUCAUGAAAUGAUUAAGGACUCGCUUGUGGAGGGCAAUGAUGAUACCUCGAGGGUAGAUGAGUUUGUUAAUGAAAACAUGAAUAAACCAUGGAGCACUUUCGAGAAGUGCCUUUACUCAAAAGGAUUAGAGAUCUUUGGGAAAAAUAGCUGCUUAAUUGCAAGGAACCUUUUGGUUGGCAUGAAGACAUGUGCUGAGGUAUUCCAGUACAUGAGCUACACCGAAAAUAAGCUUUGUGAUAGGGCUGAUGGUUCAAAUUCUGCUGAGGGACAAACCCAGGGUGACCACAACGAUACUACAGGUCGAACAGGAUCAAGGUUCAUGCGAAGGAAAGGUAAGGUUCGUCGCGUGAAGUAUGGUGCAGGCUAUCAUGCUUUUAGGAAGCGAAUUAUUGAGAGGAAGGAUCUUCUGUAUAAGCAGUUUAAUCCCUGUAGCUGCCAAUCUGCUUGUGGAAAGCAAUGUACGUGCCAUUUGGGUGGAACCUGCUGCGAGAAAUAUUGUGGGUGUUCUAAGACUUGCAAGAAUCGCUUUAGAGGUUGCCAUUGUGCUAAAGGUCAAUGCCGAAGUCGACAGUGCCCAUGCUUUGCUGCAGAUAGAGAAUGUGAUCCAGAUGUUUGUAGGAAUUGUUGGGUGGAUUGUGGUGACGGUACUCUUGGAGGCCCUCCUCAAAGAGGUGAUAAUUAUGAAUGUAGGAAUAUGAAGCUCCUUCUCAAGCAACAACAAAGGGUUUUACUUGGAAGGUCAGAUGUCUCCGGUUGGGGAGCUUUCUUAAAGAAUGGCGUCAACAAAAAUGAAUACCUUGGGGAAUACACUGGCGAAUUGAUCUCACAUCGAGAAGCUGACAAGCGUGGAAAAAUAUACGACCUUGAAAAUUCGUCAUUUCUCUUCAAUUUGAAUGAUCAGUUUGUUCUUGACGCUCACCGGAAGGGGGACAAGUUGAAGUUUGCUAACCAUUCACCUAAUCCAAAUUGCUAUGCUAAGGUGAUGAUGGUAGCAGGUGAUCACAAAGUUGGUAUAUUUGCUGAUCAAAAGAUUAAUGCGGGAGAGGAACUCUUUUAUGAUUACCAUUAUGCACCUGACAGCGCUGCUUCUUGGGCAAAGAAGCCUGAAAUUCUAGGUUCAAAAAAGGUGGAGGUAGCACCUUCAAUUGGUAGAGCAAAGAAACGUGCCUGAUUUGGUGAAGCUCUCAAUUAUGACGACUAAAGUAGCAUCUGAAGUGAAGAGAUUUUGUUUUGCUUUUCUGGAGCUCUUCUCAUAUAGCAUCUAAAUUUGAAUGUAAAUGGGCAUGCCAUAAUUUGGUCAUCAACACUUGAAAUUGAUUGAAUUUGAUCUUUAAUCUGAUCAGAUUGUUUUUGGUUUAACCUGAGACGACAGGCACCAAAACUUUGAGAUUAUAUUUCUGAUGGACU